AUGGGCUCGGUGGGAGCCGAGCGCUUCAAGGAGCUGAGCCCGGCGGGGACGCCGGAGGGCAACGUGGUGAUGAGCUUCAGCUUCGACAGCUACCAGCUGGAGGAGGACGAGCUGCAGCGGGGCAGCCAGGCCAAGGGCGUCCUCACCUUCAUGGAGCCGGCUUCUGAGGAUCCCGAGCCCCAGGAUCGAUACCAUGGGAUUUACUUUGCCAUGCUGCUGGCUGGGGUGGGAUUUCUUCUGCCGUACAACAGCUUUAUCACCGAUGUGGACUACCUGCACCAUAAAUACCCAGGGACCUCCAUUGUCUUCGACAUGAGCCUCACCUACAUCCUGGUGGCUUUGGUGGCCGUCAUCCUCAACAACGCGCUGGUGGAGCUGCUGAGCUUGCACACCCGGAUCUCUGUGGGCUACCUCUUCGCCCUGGGGCCCCUGCUCUUCGUCAGCAUCUGCGACGUCUGGCUGGAGCUCUUCACUCGCAGGCAGGCCUACGCCAUCAACCUGGUUGCCGUCGGGGUGGUGGCCUUCGGUUGCACAGUGCAGCAAUCCAGCUUCUACGGCUACACGGGGCUGCUGCCCAAGCGCUACACGCAGGGGGUGAUGACGGGCGAGAGCACCGCCGGGGUCAUCAUCUCACUCAGCCGCAUCUUCACCAAGCUGCUGCUGUCAGACGAGAAGGAGAACACGGUCAUCUUCUUCUUCAUCUCCAUCGGCAUGGAGCUGACGUGCUUCAUCCUCCACCUCCUGGUGAAGCGCACCCGCUUUGUCCGCUACUACACCGCCUGCUCCCGCAAGGGUCUCCCCGAGCCCCAGGGGGCUGGUGACCAUGGGGCAGGCUACCGCGUCCACCACGAUGUCACUGCUGAGGACAUCAGAUUUGAGAACCGGCUGCGGGGGCAGCCCAGCCCCCCGGGGCAGCCCUCCCCCCGGGGCAGCCCAGGCCCCGAAGCUGAGCUGACCGGCAGCGGCACCUACAUGCGCUUUGAUGUCCCUCGGCCCAAAAUCAAGAGGAGCUGGCCCAGCUUCAGAGACAUGCUGCUCCACCGCUACGUCGUGUCCCGGCUCAUCUGGGCCUACAUGCUCUCCAUCGCCAUGACCUACUUCAUCACGCUGUGCCUCUUUCCCGGGCUGGAAUCAGAGAUCCACAACUGCACGCUGGGGGAAUGGCUCCCCAUCCUCAUCAUGGCCAUCUUCAACCUCUCCGACUUCGUCGGCAAGAUCCUGGCUGCCCUGCCCUACGACUGGAAAGGGACCCACCUCCUCGUCUACUCCUGCCUCCGUGUGGUCUUCAUCCCCCUCUUCAUCAUGUGUGUCUACCCCAACGGAAGGCCCACAUUCGGCCACCCUGCCUGGCCCUGCAUCUUCUCGCUCCUCAUGGGCAUCACCAACGGCUACUUUGGUAGCGUCCCCAUGAUCCUGGCUGCCGGGAAAGUGAGCCCCGAGCAGCGGGAGCUGGCAGGGAACACCAUGACCGUGUCCUACAUGACGGGCUUAACGCUGGGCUCUGCCGUGGCGUAUUUUGCCUACAGCCUCACCAGUACAUCCCACAGUACCUGUUUCUACACCGAAAUCUCCAACGGCUCCUUUACGUCGGGCUACUGA